AUGCUUGCUCGCGGGGACUGCAUGUUUGCUAUUACCAACGCUUUGGCAAAGGUUUACUCCAGCUUACUCCCGCGGCAAGUAGGCAUUUUCCCACUGCCCGAGGAAGAACCCUGCAGGCUGCUGGCAUCUUCCUUGGUGAACGGGUCCAAGGUGUUCGCUGAGGACGAGUCCUCCCCAGCGUGUGGGGUAUGUCGCUGCAGCUGGUUCCUCCAAAUCAGAAUAGACCCCCAACCAUUGUUCGUAGAGAAACAGCUGCAAUUAUUUGAUCGAAUUAACCAAUCCAGACAUGGUUUACAGACAUCAAAGGAACUACGUUUGGCGAUGUACGAGUCAAUCAUGUCGGUUGGUCACCUAGGCUGCCAAAACAACUCGGAACAAAACUCAUUAUCCAAGACCGAAUAG